AUGCGAGUGGAGGAAGCCAGCCGUGCCCAACGAGAGUAUGGAUCCUCCUCCACUGUCACGGUGGAUGAGUCUGGAUCCUCCUCUUCUAUCACGGUGGACGAGUCUGGAUCCUCCUCUUCUAUCAUGGUGGAUGAGUCUGGAUCCUCUUCUGUCACGGUGGAUGAGUCUGGAUUCUCCUCUUCUGUCACGGUGGAUGAGUCUGGAUCCUCCUCUUCUGUCAUGGUGGAUGAGUCUGGAUCCUCCUCUUCUGUCAUGGUGGAUGAGUCUGGAUCCUCCUCUUCUGUCAUGGUGGAUGAGUCUGGAUCCUCCUCUUCUGUCACGGUGGAUGAGUCUGGAUCCUCCUCUUCUGUCACGGUGGAUGAGUCUGGAUCCUCCUCUUCUGUCACGGUGGAUGAGUUUGGAACCCUCCUCUUCUGUCAUGGUGGAUGA